ACAUAAAAGAACAUUACAAGCAUUAGAUAUGUAUCGUACUUAGAAUAAACGACAUUACUUAUUAGUUUUCAAACAGUAAUUUUACAAUAAUAACACUUAAUGAUUGACCUAGAUAUCAAUCAAGCUAUUUAAGCGCGGAUAAAGUUGCAAUAAUUUACAUAAAGAACAAAAAUGUUUGAGAUGGUGUUGUUAUUAUUAUGUGCGAAUAUGUGCUGCGCAGCUAUUGAACCUGAAGAUUCGUUUUAUAAUGAGAUAUCUGCUUCUAUUGAAGCAAAACCAACUAUUGCAUGGACUACAAUUAUUGUUUGUGAUACAACAAAUAAUUCUAUAGAUUCCAUGACAGAUAUUACCAUUAAAGAAUAUUCAAAAUCACCUGACGGCCCAAAUUUAAUUUAUGUCUUUAAUAAGAACUUUCAUUUAUUAAGCAAAUUGGAAACUACGACAAGAAUGGAACUCAUAGUAGUUGAUAAAAUUGCUGAUAUUGGACCGUUUUUAGACGAAAGCAACAGUUCAAAUGACCAGAACCGUUUUCGUAGAGUACUAUUUUUAAUUAACUCUGAUUCAUCUGAUAAUUUCGAUAAAUUGAAACCUGCUUUUCGUCAAAUUUGGGACUACGAUAUUUGGAACGCAAACAUCCUCUUUUAUUACGAAACAAGGAUUUACGAUUAUGUCUACAACCCAUUUUUGGACGAAUUAAUCAGUCUAAAUACAUCAAAAACGGUUUUAAAUCAGUUUGAUAAAUUUAGUAAUCUGCACAAAUAUGAAAUUAUUAUUUCUAUGAUUGAUGACCCGCCAAAGAGUCCUUAUGAAAAUGACUCUUUCCAAGGGAAUUAUAUAAAAAUCUUAAAUGAAAUAGCAAAUAUUAUCAAUGCUACUUUCGUUAUCAAAAAAGAAAAAUCAAUUGAAGAGUCUAUUAUAAAUGUCCAACAAGGCUUGAGCGAAUUUUCUUUUGUAGGCCAAUUCCACGGAGUUCUGAAAGGAGUUAAGUAUAGUGAGCCCUUUAAACGCGACGAUAUAGUGAUAUUGGUACCAAAAGCAUCACAAAUACCGCAGUAUCUAAAAUUGAUACAAAUCUUCCCAAUGGAAAUAUGGCUGCUAAUUUUAUCAUUGUUAAUUAUAUUUUUAAUUACAAUGUAUUAUGUUGAACGUAACGACAUUUCAUCGAUCUUCUUAUUUCUAUUUGGCGUACUUCUUGGGAUGGUAGGAAAUGAAAAGUUGAAUAAAUUCAAACUCAUUACAAAGUUAUUUGCUAUAACAUUUAUAUUAUUUGGAAUGGUAGUGGCCUGUACUUAUUCCUCGUCUAUGUUGGGUGCAACAAUAACAAAAACUUAUUACAGUGAAAUUAACGAUUUGGAACAUUUAAAGCAAACAGGUAUGAACAUUUGCAUAAUUGAUAAUUUAAAGCACUUGGUGCCUGAUGAAUUCAAAGAUCGCAUCAUUAUUGUACACAGGAAUGUUAUCGUUGAUAAAAUUAUGAAUAGUAAAGCUGACUGCGGUUUGGCGCUGAUGCGAAGUUACGCCGAUGGAUUUCAGAGAGUAUCUUACAAUACAAACGGGAACACAUUUUAUCACAUAAUCGACGAAAGCUUUAUUCCUGGUUUUGAGAGCUUCUACUUUCAUAAGUCGUCUCCUUUUAUUUAUAAAAUUAACGAAGUUUUGAAGGCCAUCGAUGAAACAGGAUUAUUUUUAUACAUGGAACAAACUGUCGUCAAACGAAACGAUUACAAACCUUACACUUCAUUAACUUUAUAUCAUUUAAACGCACCUAUCAGCUUAUUAUUAAUAGGUUAUUUAAUUAGCGUGGUUGUUUUUUGUAUAGAGCUUUGCAUUACCGCAAUCAGAAACCGCGAACAAUAAUUAUUAUUUGUUAAACAUAUUAUCAUAUUUAUGUUAAUAUUUACUGAAUAGUAAUAGUAAUCAUAGUACCAUAGCACAAACAAAAUAGCAAAAAAAAAUCAUAAAAAAAAUAAUGAGAAUAAAAUAAUCAAAUUUAGUUGCCGGUAUUCAGAUCAGACUCUUUGGUUGCUAUACUUAACAUAAUAAGAAGAUUGUGAAUGCCACAAAAAUAAUGCACGCAAAUUCUGUACUACUUUUUGAGUAACUGUUUUAAAUGUGCCUUAUCAAAAUUUCUAUUGCUUUUGUCAAGAAUAAAACAAUUUUAUAUUCCAUUGUCACCACUUUAACGCACAUAACUUUAUCUAUACGAUUGAAAUUAUUGUUAUUUAUGGACGGACUUGCAUGUAACACUGAUUUCCUUUUCUAUUUGUAUAAACUUUGAUAAAUUUGCAAUAUGAUUUACUUGUU